UCCACCAUCUUGAACGCCAGACCGCUUCGCGGUUAAUACUUUUGUGAUGUGCGCUCGAAAGCCGGGCUUCCUUUUGGACUCUUUUCCGAUGCGUGCGCGGGGGUUCUCGUCCCCUAGGCAAUCUUAUUUCCGAGUUCAACUACGAUUAAAGUUGCCGUGCCUGGUAUUCUAAGCCCUGUCAUGUCCAAUGAGUCUAAUUGACUUUUCCGUCUCUAGGGGGAGUACUCCGUCAUUCCGUCCGAUGUGAUGCUCGCCCGAAGAGAAGAGAAGAGAAGUGGGAAUACCUUCGUCGUCCCCACUUGAACUGCAUCCCCCAAGAGCGAGCUUACGGAUCGCUUGAAAGCAUUAAAGAUGGGGAAGGCUGCCCUCCAAUUCACGUUGCUGUCUUCGGAGCAUCUCACAUGAAGGCGAGAUCGGAUCAGCAUCGUUGCAUCGCAUCCAUCCUCUGACGUUUUCUCCUUCUCUCCAUCAUGCGUUUCUCCAGGUCACUUGCCCUGCUGGGAGCUGUAGCCGGCGUGGUUUCCUCCUACGGCAUCGAACUGCCGGCCGGCGUACCCAGAUCUCUGGAAGAGUUCCGUGACAAGCAUCCCUACACGCCCCCAUCCCAAGGGUGUGGACGCAGGACUUUCACGAUCCACGCGUCCCGGAACGCCACGGACGACGUGUCCGAAGAGUUGAAGAAGGGUCUUCAUGAAGCUAACAAUGGUGGGACGUUGUACCUUCCCAAGAACCAAACGUUUGUUAUUGCGAAAGCUCUUGACUUGACGUUCCUCAAUGACAUCCAUGUCCGUCUAGAGGGCGAAAUCAAGUUUACCGAUGAUGUGAAAUACUGGCAAACAAAUGCGUUCACGCACCCCUUCCAAAAAUCAAUCAUGUUCUGGAAAUGGGGUGGUAAGGACAUCAAGAUCUACGGUGAUGGAGUCAUCAACGGACAAGGCCAACGCUGGUGGAAUGAGUUCAACUCAGGCAUUGGAUCGAUUCUGAACCCUGACAACAAAUAUCUGCGGCCGAUUCUUUUCUAUGUGGAGAACACCACGAAUCUCGAGGUUGAGGGCAUCCACAUGAAGGACUCUCCCUGCUGGACCAACUUCGUCGUCGGAUCGAGCAACAUUGAGUACAGAGAUGUCAUCGCCACUGCCAUCACCAAUAACGGCAGCAUCAUCCCCAAGAACACCGACUUCUUCGAUUCUUUGGAUGUUCAAGACGUCAAGAUUGAGCGCGUUUGGGUCAACAUCGACGAUGACUGCUUCUCCCCGAAGUCCAACAACACCAACCUUUAUGUCAACACCAUGUACUGCAACGGUACCCAUGGCCAGUCAAUUGGUUCCUUAGGACAGUACGCCGGGGAGAUGUCGUACGUCAAGGACGUUCACAUCGAGAACGUGUGGAUGUUGAACGGAGAUUACUCGGGUGCUCGCAUCAAGACCUGGGCUGGCCCUAACGUGGGAUACGGUUUCGUCGACAACGUCACCUACAAGAACUUCUGGGUUGCUCGGAUGGACUACGGAAUCAUUCUUGAUUCAUGCUACUUUAACAUCAACGAGACUACCUGCGAGCAAUACCCGUCUGGCAUGAACGUCUCCAACGUCCUCUUUGAGAACUUCACUGGUUACACCAGCGGCAUCUACGGUAACGCCGUUGCGAAGCUAACAUGCUCUACGAACCCCGAUGCCGUCUGCCACAACAUCAAGUUCAAGAACUUCAACGUCACAUCGCCUUGUGGUGGGGAACCUGUCAUCAUUUGCGAUGGCGUCGAUGGCGGUAUUGACACCCCGUGUGUGAGCAUCGACAGCGAUGAGGCAAAGGCUGCACUGGCGGCCAAGUGCCAGACUCCUCUCGCUUCGAUUAAUGAGAAACCGUGGUAGGUGCCCCAUUGGGAAAGGAUGGUCUAGGGCCCCUUUUCUGCGAGACGAACGGGAAAUCUGUGCUUAGACAACGAAUUAAGCAUUAAGAUGUGUACAUCAAG